CAUAGAGUUGCUCAAGAGAACUUUCUUUACAAAGACGAGCAGUUGAGGGAAGCUCAUGCUUGGGUUUCCCAAGUUUGAGAAAUGGAUGCUUUGCAGUCUCAAUCCCUACAAGUUGAGUUACGUGAGCGCAUGGAGCAAUUUAAUCAAUAUUGGAUUAGUUCCCAGCAGCAGUACGCUGAGAUGCAAUGGGGUCUUUUACAUACAAUACAACAACUUCAACUAGAAUUAACUGAGGCAAAAGAACGGUCCGGUGCACCAAAAGAGGGUCCACAAGUUUCAUUUGUUCAAAGCAUAGCGAACAGCGUGGCUUCAAAUGGUAGUGCUACAGCAGAUGGCAACCAGCAACUGAAAAACAAUGGAACUGGGGAUGUCUCUAUAAAGGGCAAUAAUGCCUCUGCUGUACCCAUUCCAACUUCUCUGUUGGGCAUAAGUGGUUAUGCUCCACCAGGACAUAUUGCUGGGUUACAUUCUUAUAUGAUUCAUCAAGGCAUUCCUCAACCUUUAGCAUCGCCCAACUCUGGUGUUCCUCAAUUUGGCAGUUUUCAGUCACAGUCAACAAUUCAACCUAACCUACAUUGGGCAAAUCAGCAGGAAGUACAAAAUGUCUCACAACCACAAGAUGAAACAAACUACCAACCAUCCCAAUCAGACCAGACUGCAUUACAACCAGCCGCUAUUAAUACUGAUGAGCUGUCCUCCAAGCCAAGCCAGGCUAGCCAUCGAGAUCACCUUAAUGCCCAUGGGAAACAACAGCAGAGUCCUGCAAGUGUACUUGCUGAAUCAACUCAUGAACUUACGAAAACAUCACAGUCACAGGUUGUGGAAUCGAACGUAGCUGAACAUGCAGUUUAUGGUGAGCAGCAAAAAGCUUUCAAAGAACAGGAUUCACCAUCAAAUGUGAACAACCGGACUGGAAUGGUUGAACAUCAAGAGCAAAAGACUGAAUCAAAGGAUGAAAGAGCUGCAUCUGACAAGCAACCUGAUCCUGUACCUAGACAGCAGCAGAAGCCUUCAAAGUUUUCUACAGCAACUCCCCAGCUUCACUUCAAAAACAAUGCGGCAGAGUUCAAUCCUAAUGUUGUAAAUCAGUCUGCUGAAAGACCAAAAUUGUAUCUUGAUUUUGUCAAGAAGAAGAUUGAGGUUGCACGGCGCCUCCAGUUGUCUCCUGAUGAGGGCACGUGUCGCAUUGGAAAAUAUUGAAAAUAUUCCAUCUGUGAUCAAGUAAUCCGGAGUGCCUCAUGACUACAUGAAUUCACCUUGCUAGCUAUUAGCUGAGAAGGCGGCUGUACUUUUGAGUCUUUGACAUAUUUGCUGGUUUCAGAAAGAGAUGUAUUUCAAUGCUGAUGUAGAACCUGCUAGAUCAUGUCGUACGACGUACAGUCAUACAAAACGCUGUACUUGCUGCCGACUGCAGUACUGGAUUACCUACCGGGCUCCUACUUUAUUUC